ACAAUAAUUUCGCCUCGAUUUAAUCUCAAGAGAUCGAGGCGGAGGAGCGAUGAAGAGGCCUUCGAUCGAGGUUUCCGGCGGUGGCAGCGGCGAACUUCUCCUCGACGAGGAUAACAACAAGAGGUCCAGAUCCGGCGGCGUGUACAUCGAAGCGGUGGCUCCGGAGGAAGAGGGACCGCCAGCCGUGGCGGAGCUCGGGGAGGACCUGGUGCUCGAGGUCCUGAAGCGGGCGGACGCGUGGACUUUGGGGAAGGCCGCGUGCGUGAGCCGGAGGUGGCGGAGGCUGGCGGAGGACGAGGGGCUCUGGGAGGCGGUGUGCACUCGCGACUGGGUCAAGGUGCCCUGCGGCAAGCAGCAGCUCCGAUCGGUGGUGCUCGCGCUCGGAGGAUUUCGCCGCCUUCACUCGCUUUACAUCCUCCCAUUCCUCGCCCCCUCCGCCCGCCGGCCUGGCUCCGGUUCCCUCGCGCUCGCCCUCCAGCCGCCAGUGUCUGGGCGGUCGCGCCAUCAGCCCCGGUGGGGCAAGGACGAGGUCCAGCUCUCGCUGUCUCUCCUCUCCAUCGGUUUCUUUGAGAAGAUGAAUCCCAACAACAGCACUCGCCGCCUCGGCGGCGGGUGACGCUGGAUAAUAGACCAGCAAAUCCAGUCGCCGCCGGCCCCGCCGUCGCUUCCUCCAUAAACCCCUCCCACUACUUUCCAUUGUCUUAGGCUCUUAGCCUCUGUUAUUGCUCUAAAAAUCCAAUUUUUAUCAGUUGCUGCUGCUGCUGUGUUAAAAGUGCUACCUUCUUCAGAGUAAAUGUAAAUCUUUCAGCAAGAAAUUUUGGAUUGUCUGCUUUUGUUUU